AUGGCGGAAAUUCCAGUACUAUUUUUUGUGAUACUGCAUUGGUGUAUUGCUCUUCCAAUGAUUGCACCUUUAAUGACGUCAUUCAAUGUUACUUACGAUGCUAAGGAUACCAUGGAAGUACUCGUCCCUCCAAGCUCCUUAGCGCUCUCCAAUAUGAUUUCCAUGGUUUCUGUUUUUAUUUUAUUCUUUAUCUGCGUAUUCUGCUACGUUUUCGUCAUCAACCAUAUUCUACGGAGCAGAUUUACUACUACCGUAACGAAGCGACAUGAGAUUCGACUUAGUAUACAAUUUGCUGGGUUGAUGAUUGCUUUUUUGUUUGUGUUUAUAUAUAGUAUUGGUCAAUACGUUCUGAACGAAAUGCGUGAAAUUGAUCUCCUCUAUGAUUGGAGACAACUCAAUCCGAUAAUGAAUGGAUUUCUCUCUUGUGUUCAACCGUGGAUGUGUCUCUUUUUCAACAAAGAGAUACGAAACAAAUUAAAGGGAAUAGUUGGAUGUCGACAAAAACAAAAUGAGGCGAAUCAAGGCAGUAUGUUCAAGCAGUCUACACCGUUAUCAAGAAGAUGA